CUUAUAAUAAUGAAGCAAAAGAAUGUCAUCACUAGUGGUUCUUAUAUCAUGAUAAAAAUAAAAGCUGGUACUGGUAUAGAUCUAGUUGCUAAUUGGGAUCAAGUAUUUGGUAUUCUUAGAGGUGUCUAUAUGGGUGAGCAUUAA